AUGUCUGGUCAUUACACAAAUCACACAAAAGCUCUUGCAACCUCUUCUGCUACAAGAGUGUGGAAUCACCAUAAUACUUCUCAAACUGAAGGAAUAGAUGCCCAUAGCAUAUCUCUAUCAGAACCAACUUAUAACGAAAGUUCUUUUUAUUCUCAAGCUAUCAUUACCUGCUCACAUCUGUCAUUACAAAUAUCUCACACUAAGAAUCCAAGCUGGUACUCAUCUUCAACAUUACUUCCACAUACAGUAGAUUCAUUACCUAAAUCUUCGACUCCUUUAUUAAGUUUACAAAUGUUAGUUGAUAAUAGACAAAAUCAAAUGAAAAACAAAUCUGAAAGAAAAGAUUUCUUCGAAUCAGUCUUAAGUACGGAUAUAUCGAGUGCACAUCAAAAAACAUGUCAAGAAUAUCAAACAAAUUGUACUUUUAGAAAUGCAGAUAAGAUUCAUGAAAAUGAUAUUCUUUCAUCCCAAAUAUCGAAUACGGAGUGUCAUUUAGGAGAUCCUGGUUUAUCUAUGUCAGUUAAUCUUUUACCAUCCACAAAAAAUAGGAAUGAAAGUAAUUAUAAUCAGGAAAAAAAUAUUGUAAAAACUACAUCUACAAAAGAAAAUGAAAUAAUUCAUGAUGUUGAUUGCUCAAACAUUUUGAAAACAAAAGGGAUAACUCCUACAAUUACAUUAAUAUCUAAGUUAGACAGAAAUAUAAAGGAUGAUACUCAAGAGGUUUGUUCCGAUAUAAAAAGAAAAGUAAACGAAUUAAAUAUUAAAUCUUCUAAAAGUUUAUUAAAAAGGGGGAGAAAAGGAGUAGAUUCUUUAUUAGAAAAGCUAGAAAGUUGUAGCAAACGAAUUCAAAGUGAUAAUCAAGGAUCCACUUUUGUAACGAAUGUAGAUGAAAAAGAUACAAAUAGUAUUAGAAGUAUGUCGCCAGAAUACUGUAAGUCUAGAUCACCUACUAGUAGGGAUGAUGAUGUGAUUUCACCUAGUUUUAGCAAUGAUGAUUCAAAUGAUACAAAACAAAGAAGAAAACGAAAGCUAGGAAAACCAGUCAGACUAUCUAAAGAAUUAAAAUUAGAGCAUGAACAUGUAGAAUUGGAAAUUACGAAACCUAAAAUAGAAACAAAAUCUGAAAUUGCGGAUUACACAGCGGAAAAUUUAUUAGCCCAAAAUUCUGCAGUAUCUUCUUAUACAGAAACUAAUAAGAUUAGGAGAACAGAGUUUGGAAUUAAAAAAAUUAAUAAUAUAAAAAUUUUUUCAACGACAAACCGAAAGAUUGAUGAAAGAUUUAAAAUUAGCACUUUCGAUUUAGGUGAAAUAUGUGCUUUUAAAAAGGAGAAUAAUAAUAAAAUAAAUAAUCAAGAUCAUUUUAGUAAGAAUUUCACAGACAAGAUAAACUAUAAAAUAAAUAUGAGUCAAUAUUUAAUUCAUGCCUUAAAAGAUACAAAAUGUGUUAGAACACGAAGAAGUAGUGAAUGCUCCGAGAAUUUAAGUAAUAUAAAUCGAAGAAAACGAAGAAAAUCGUGCGAUGAUGUACAAGAUUUUCUUGAUGAAUCAAUUACAAUUACUGCUGCAACAAAUAAUACUACUGCUUUUAACGAAGUUGAAUCACAAUUAGAAAAAAUGUUUGCAGGUAUUAUUGAAACUGAUAAAGAUUUUUUGAAAAAAACGUUUUUAGAAACAGAAAAACCAAUUACUUUACUAUUAGACGAAGAGCAAAAGGAAAACUUUAAUAGUGAAAAGAUAGUAUCAAAAAAUAUAUCCAAAAACACAUCAUCUGAAGCAAUAUGUAAUAAUAAUUACAAAAAGAAAAAGAAAAAUAUAUCAAAAAUGCGUUCCCACAAAAAGAAAAAUAACUCUUCUAAGGAAAUUACGGAUAUAUCAAUGAAUAAUUUGCAUAAAGAUAAAUCAAAACCACGUAAUGAUAAACGUUCGACAAAAAAACAGUGUUUAUUAAAAAAAAAAAAAAAGAGUAUUAAAAUAAAUACUUUCAGGGAAAUUAUUUAUGAUUCUGCUAUCAAUACAAGUCCGAAUAAAUAUAAAGGUCCAGUUAUACAGAUAAAAGGAUCAAAAAAUAGUUCUUUGUGUGUUCAAAUUGUGAAUACACCUCGAGAGGAUGAUGAAGAAAGAAAUAAAGAAAGACGUAAAACUAUAGGAAAUGGAAAUAUAGGUAGAAGCAAAAGAUUACAUUUUCAAAAUAAUCUUGAUUAUCGGGGUAAAGUUUAUAAUAGUGGUCUUUUUAAUUCUACACUAUCCAUUAGAUAUGAUGCACAUACGGCUGAUGUAACGUGGAUAUGCGUUUUCUGUAAAAGGGGUCCACAUUUUAUAAUACCUGGAGAUUCUGCUAGACCUCAUCCGAACGUAGCUGGACCUCAUAUUACUCCUGGAGCAUACACAGCUCCUGUCGGAGUUCUUAGUGAUUUAUUUGGACCAUAUGUAAUUGGAAAGGAUGUUGAAGAUAGUGUUAUGUCAGCAGAUGAACAUGAAAUAACAAAAGAACAAAAACAAGGCAAUAAAAAUAAGCGGAGUUUAAGAUAUGCUGGAUUGGCGGAUCAAUUUUUAGCAAAAGUAUGUAAAAUAAAAAAGAAAUGUUUAAAUCAUAGCAAUAUUUAUAUGGGUAUGACUAAAUUGAGUUGUGAUGAACAACAAUGGGAAGUCUGGGUACACGAAGAAUGCAUAGUUUGGGCAGCUGGAGUAUAUAUAACAGGUGGAAGAAUAAGUGGUUUACAAGAUGCUGUAUGGGAUGCUUCUCAAUCUGUUUGUGUUUCUUGUGGCUUAUCUGGAGCUAAUAUUGGAUGUAUUAAACGAGGGUGUAAAUUUGUAACACAUUAUUGUUGUGCUCUUACAUCAGGAUGGCAACUUAAUAUUAACCAAUUUUUACCUAAAUGCAAUAUUCAUAGAAAACUCUAAAUUGCUUCGAUUGUA